AUGCGACCGGCGGGCCUCUCCAUGCGCGCCUUGAACGGCCGCGUCUGCAGCCAGUGCGGCAAGCGGCCAGUGCUGCCACGGCUCGGCAGUGCACGACGACCGGCUGAUACGGGAAGCAGCGGAAGCUUCUUCUCAACGGCGCCGGCCUCGGGCCAGGCCGUUGCGGCCGCGACCACGGCCUCACGGCGACUCAAUUCGGGCUACUUUCUCUCCAACACCAUCUUUGAGCGGUUUAGCAUCCUGCACAGAUCCACCCGACCGGUCGCUACGUCCACGAAUGUCGGCAGCCCUUCCACAGAAGCCGCCUCGGCCAAAGCCUCGAACGUCUCUGGCCAAGAUGCCUCGGCUCGCUCCGCAGGCGCAGCGUCUUCGUCGAGCCCCUACAUAGAUCAGGACCUCCCGCAUCGCAGGCGCCAGGCCGCUCGACGCAAGGCUGCUGCAGAGGCAGCAGCUGCCGCCGCCAUUGACGCCGGCUCGCCCUCCGACCUCCCUUCUAACGCAUCCUCGACGCUCACUACUGUCGCCGAGAGAGAGCGACCUGACUCUCUCAAAAGAUACCUCUCCGCGGUCCUCUCCCUCUCGAAGCCGCGACUGACCACCCUCGUGGUGCUGACAGCCAUGGCCCCGUACGCCCUCUACCCCGUCCCGGCCUUCCUCUCCUCCUCUCUCCUCAACGAGGUGGCAGCUGCUACGCCAUCGCUGUCGCCACUCACGCUCCUCUUCUUGACUACGGGAACGACGCUGUGCUCGGCGUCUGCAAACGCGUUCAACAUGAUCUACGAGCCCGAUACCGACUCCAAAAUGUCGCGGACCCGGAACCGACCGCUGGUCCGCAACAUCAUCUCGAAGCGGGCCGCCAUCAUAUUUGCGAUUGCCUGCGGCGCGUCGGGCAUCGCGGCGCUACAAUUCGGGGUGAACCCCACCGUCGCCUUCUUGGGUCUGGCCAACAUUGUGCUCUACGCUGGCGUCUACACGCCGAUGAAGCGGCUGCACUGGCUGAAUACCUGGGUCGGGGCUGUGGUUGGAGGCAUCCCGCCGCUGAUGGGCUGGGCGGCCGCCGCAGGCGAGUCUGCCACGGGCGACGGCUCCUUCAGGGAGCUACUCUUUGCUUCCGAUGGCUCGAGCAUUGGCGGCUGGAUCCUGGCCGGCCUGCUCUAUGCGUGGCAGUUCCCGCACUUUAUGGCCUUGUCGUGGUCCAUCCGGGAGGAAUACAAAAAGGCUGGGCUCAAGAUGCUCUGCUGGGUCAACCCGGCUCGCAACGGGCGCGUGGCCCUGCGGUACAGCUUCAUCUUCCUCCCGCUGUGCCUGGGACUGUGCGCCGUGGGCGUGACGGAGUGGAGCUUCGCAGUGACGACCCUGCCCGUCAAUGCCUGGCUGCUGCGCGAGUCGUAUCGAUUCUGGAAGCUGCAAGGGCACGGAGGGUCUGCGCGGGGCUUGUUCUGGGCGAGCGUGUGGCACCUGCCGGCGAUUCUGGUGUUGGCACUGGUGCAGAAGAAGGGGAUGUGGCAGCGGGCGUGGCGCAGCGUGAUGGGCGAGCCCGACCCGAUCGAUGAGGACGAGUGGGAAGACGUGGAGGAGGACGACGUGCUAGCACUCGUACCGCCUCCUGCUGCGUCGAGGUGA